ACAACAGAAACAGCAACAACUGAAGAAUCAGCAACAGCAGCAACAAUAGAAAAAGCGUCAGCUAAAAAACCCGAGCCAAAGCGCAAAAUGAGCACAGAUUCCGAGGUGGAAGAAGCGAGCACAUCGAAGCGCACUCGUCGCGAUAAAAGCGCCAGUGCCAGCGAUAACGAUUCCGAUUACAAGGCAGCCGCCGAUUCCGAUGAGGAGGAACAAGUGGAAUCAGAACAUGAAAAAGAUGUUGAAAAAUCGGAUGCAGACGCAGACGCUGCUGCUGGCCAAAGCAGCGACAGCGAAGUGAUGCCACAACGCAAACGGCGCAAUUUUGCAAACAAAAAAGAUGCGGGCUCUGCGCAGGACUCAUCGGAUUUCGAGCCGGAGGACAAGAAGAAGAAGAAGCGACGACGCAUCAAGAAGACAUCCAGCGGCGACAGUGACGAUGGCGACGACGAAAAGAACAAGAACAAGCGUAAACACAUACGCAAAAUCAUCAAGACUAAGGAUUUGGAUUUGACCACCAAGGAGGCAGCCAAGGAGGAGGACGAUCGUCGCAAACGCAUCGAGGAGCGUCAAAAGAUCUACAAUCGCAUCUUUGAAAAAUCGGAGAACAUCGAAAUUAGCGAGCUAAUAUUGGAUUUCGAUGAGGAGUCAAAAAAGGCACUGCUCCAGGUGGACAAGGGACUGCUAAAGAAGCUAAAGCCCCACCAGGUGGCUGGCGUCAAGUUCAUGUGGGACGCGUGCUUCGAGACGCUCAAGGAGAGCGAAAAGAAUGCCGGCUCCGGCUGUAUAUUGGCCCAUUGCAUGGGCCUGGGCAAAACGCUGCAGGUGGUCACUCUCUCCCACACGCUACUCAUCAAUUCUAGGCGUACGGGUGUGGAGCGUGUGUUGGUCAUCUCGCCGCUGAGCACCGUGAAUAAUUGGGCACGUGAAUUUGUUCAUUGGAUGGCGUUCGCCCAUCGACGCGACAUCGAGAUCUAUGACAUUUCACGGUACAAGGACAAGCCGACGCGCAUCUUCAAACUGAAUGAAUGGUAUGAGGAGGGCGGCGUCUGCAUCCUGGGCUAUGACAUGUAUCGCAUUCUCGCCAAUGAGAAGGCAAAGGGUCUGCGCAAGAAGCAACGCGAACAGCUCCAGCAUGCCCUCGUCGAACCCGGGCCCGAUCUCGUCGUCUGCGACGAGGGUCAUCUGCUCAAGAACGAGAAGACAUCGAUUAGCAAGGCGGUCACACGGAUGCGCACCAAGCGACGCAUCGUACUCACCGGCACGCCUCUACAAAAUAAUCUCAAAGAAUAUUAUUGCAUGAUUCAGUUUGUGAAGCCAAGUCUAUUGGGCACAUAUAAGGAGUACAUGAAUCGCUUUGUCAAUCCAAUUAGCAAUGGCCAGUAUACGGAUUCCACGGAGCGUGAUUUGCGCCUGAUGAAGCAUCGUUCGCAUAUACUGCACAAGCUACUCGAGGGUUGCAUUCAGCGACGGGAUUACUCGGUACUGGCGCCUUAUUUGCCGCCCAAGCAUGAGUAUGUCGUCUAUACGACAUUGUCGGAGCUGCAGCAGCAGCUGUAUGGCUAUUAUAUGACAACGCAUCGGGAUCAGGGCAGCUCGGAUAUUUGUGGCAAGGGUGCCCGUCUGUUUCAGGACUUUCAGGACUUGCGACGAAUCUGGACACAUCCGAUGAAUCUGCGCGUCAAUAGCGACACUGUAAUUGCGAAGCGUUUGCUAAGCAACGAUGACUCCGAGGAAGAAGGCUUUAUUUGUGAUGAUUCCGAGGAGGAGGAGGUCGUCUCGAAUUCAUCGGAGAGCAUUGAUUCGUUCAAGUCGGAUGCCAGCUUAACCAUGGGCAACACAGAUGCCGCUGGCGGCAGCAAAAUGAAGUGUCGCAAGACACGCAACGGCGUUCGCGAUGGAUUGAACGACAGUGAUUCGGAUGUCGAGUGUAUGGGCGGUGGCGUAUCUAUACAGAAGGAUGAUCCAUCCGAGUGGUGGAAACCGUUCGUCGAGGAGAAGGAGCUGAACAACGUUAAUCAUUCCCCCAAGCUGCUCAUGCUGCUUCGAUUGCUGCAACAAUGCGAGGCAAUCGGUGACAAGCUGCUCGUCUUUUCCCAAUCCCUACAAUCCCUGGAUGUUAUCGAACAUUUCCUCUCGCUGGUGGAUAGCAAUAGCAAGGGCUACGAAUUUGAGGGUGAUGUGGGUAACUUUAAGGGCUCCUGGAUACAGGGCGAAGAUUACUUCCGUUUGGAUGGCUCGUGCAGCGUGGAGCAGCGUGAGUCGAUGUGCAAGCAGUUCAAUAAUGCCAGCAAUGUGCGUGCCCGUCUCUUUCUCAUCUCGACCAGAGCUGGUGGAUUGGGCAUUAAUUUGGUGGCAGCCAAUCGCGUCGUCAUUUUCGAUGUCUCGUGGAAUCCUUCGCACGACACGCAGAGCAUCUUUCGUGUGUAUCGCUUCGGGCAAGUGAAGCCGUGCUACAUCUAUCGUCUCAUUGCCAUGGGCACCAUGGAGCAGAAGGUCUAUGAGCGACAGGUGGCCAAACAGGCAACGGCGAAGCGUGUGAUCGAUGAGCAGCAGAUCUCAAGACAUUAUAACCAAACUGAUUUAAUGGAGCUUUACACGUAUGAGCUGAAGCCGAGCGCUGAGCGCGAGAUGCCGCUGUUGCCCAAGGAUCGAUUGUUUGCCGAGCUGCUGACCGAGCAUGAGAAGCUGAUAUUUAAAUAUCACGAGCAUGACUCGCUGCUUGAGCAGGAGGAGCACGAGAAUCUAUCCGAGGAAGAGCGCAAAUCGGCCUGGGCCGAGUACGAGGCGGAGAAGACGCGCGCCGUCCAAGCUUCGCAGUAUAUGAGCUAUGAUCGCAACGCCUUUGGUGCCCAGAUGGUUAGCCAGUUUGGCAAUGCCUCCGGCAGUGUUACAUCCAAUAAGAUAUUUGGAUUCCGCUCGGAUAUUCUGUUGCAGCUGCUUAACAUGAAGAUAUCGAAGGAUCAUCCGGAGCUAACACAGAAUCAGGUCAUACAAUUAGUGCCCAGCUAUCUACAGCAGCUGUACAAUGAGAUGAACAAUGGUGAUCCGACCAUGUACAAGGAUCUGUUGCAGCUGCAUACACACAUUGUGCAUCCCAGCGGCAUGUACAUGAAUCCCUUGCUCUAUACCAAUCAAAAUCCAUCGGCGGCGGGCUACAAUCAGGGAACUGGACAAACAGUUGGCGCCACUGUUGCACCCACUGCCAGUUCGACCGGCUUUGAGGCGGACAAGGUAUACGAGAUUGAUUAAGUGAAAAUUGACAUAUAGUACAUAUUAUGUUCACGAAUCCAUCAUAUUAUUGCGCACACAGUGAAUCACACGAGGAUUGGCUAUUGUCCUCAUCAUCAAAAAUAAGAUACAUAUGUGGUUUUUUUUUCGUGUAUCAAUUUCGAUUUAAUGUUAGUUAAUUUGUCGUCUUAUACUAAUUUGAAGAACAAAGCGAAAACAGUCUUUGUAAUUACAAAUUAUUCAUGAAUACAUAGCCCAAGCAUAAGUUUAUAUAGUUUUUAUGUCUGAAUUUAGUUUAAAGCAGUCCUAAUACAUUUAGAAUUAUAUUAGAUACCGAUACCAAUUUACACAAAAAACACACAAGAAAAAAGAAAACGAAAAAACAAAAACAAAAUGCAAACAUAUAAUGAGUUAAAUAUACAUGGAUAUAUUAGCUAUUAUACGCGAUCUUUGCAAAGGUACGCAAAAAAAAAAAUUAACUACACACGCAGCAAAAAUAACAAACAAUAAAUGGCACAGAAUACGAUAAAU